CUGCGCCGUGCGGGGCUCGUGCCGCUGCGGAGAUGUGCUGCUCUUUUCGCGUGUUUUUAGGCGCGUGUCCGUGCGCGUAACCGUGCAUGAUUCACCGUGCACGGGACACGUGCACGCGGAGCCGGGGACGCGCUUUUUACGGGGGCCGAGCGGUCGGUGAUGCUGUUGGAGGAUGAGGAGGUCCAGACUGGUUCUGUUCCUGGUCCUGGUCUGUGUCCUCGUGGUCUACCUCACGGUCCUCAAGCGGCACUACGACUCCCACAAUGCACUGCCCCAGAGACACCCCGCCCCCAAAGGCUUCCUGACGCCCCAUUGGCCAACGGGCUCCAGGGGGCGGGUCCAGUUUGGCAUCAUGUUUGACGCCGGCAGCACCGGGACCCGAGUCCACGUGUUCAAGUUCAGAGUGGACCACAACAAGAGCCGGGUCCCGGAGCUGUUGGACGAGUCCUUUAAGGCCUUUUCUCCUGGACUCUCGGCCUUCGCUGAAGAUCCUCCUCAGUCCAGGGCCGGUCUUCUUCAGCUCCUGGACUUCGCUAAGACCAAAGUUCCGGUCCAGAUCCAAGAAUCCACUCCGGUUUUUCUGAAGGCGACAGCCGGACUCAGGCUCCUGAAAGGAGACCAGGCCCAGAGGCUCCUGGACCAGGUGCGGCAGGUGUUCCGUGAGUCUUCGUUCUUGUCGUCGGAUCAGAGUGUUUCUGUUUUAGACGGAGCAGACGAAGGUGUGUCGGCGUGGCUGACGGUGAACUUCCUGCUGGGGGCUGUAGGGGGCGCUCCUGCUCCUGCGUCUGCGUCUGCGUCUGUGGGGACUCUGGAUCUGGGCGGCGGCUCCACUCAGGUCACCUUCAGCCCGAGUUCAAAGUUUGUUGAGUCUCUGUCGUCCUCAGACGCCCAGAACCUCCAGAACCUGAACCUCUUCAACUCCUCCUACAAACUCUACACCCACAGUUAUCUGGGCUUGGGGCUGAUGGAGGCUCGAGCGGCUGUUCUGGGACCCCCCUCUGCUCCAGGUGGCGCUGUCCUGGUCAGUCCCUGUGUGUCUCCAGACGGAGGCGGGACUUGGGAACAUGACCACAUCCUCUACAACGUCAGGGGACAGAGGACGGGUGAGACGACAGGUGAGACGACAGGUGAGACGACAGGUGAGACGACAGGUUCCGUGCUGGAGCUCUGUUCUAGACGUGUGCGUUCGGUUCUGAGAGACUCUGUGAGGCCUGUGGAGCAGCAGCUGCAGUUUUACGCCUUUUCCUACUAUUACGACCGAGCAGUCGACAUCAGAGCCAUCGACGGAGUGAGGGGAGGGGAGGUGUGUGUUCAGGAUUACAUCUCUGCAGCUCAGAGAGUCUGUGCAGGUGAGACCCUGUCACCCGACCAGAGUCCUCUCCUCUGCCUGGACCUGGUCUACAUCUCAGUCCUGCUCCAAGACCUCGGAUUCAAACCAGACUCCCAGCUCAAGUUGUCUCGGUGGAUCAGGGGGGUGGAGACCAGUUGGGCUUUGGGAGCGACAUUCAACUACAUGAACCUCUGAUGCUCUUAUUGUGAAAGGACAGACUCUUAUUGUGAAAGGACAGACUCUUAUUGUAAAAGGACAGACUCUUAUUGUGAAAGGACAGACUCUUAUUGUGAAAGGACGGACUCUUAUUGUGAAAGGACAGACUCUUAUUGUGAAAGGACAGACUCUUAUUGUAAAAGGACGGACUCUUAUUGUGAAAGGACAGGUGUAUUAUUUAUCCAAUCAGGAGGCAGCUGUGAGCCGCGCUGGAAGCUGAUUGGUCGGUUUCUACGUUUAAAUCCUGUAAAUGCGAUUUUCUGAAGUUUCAAAUCUCUAUUUUUAAUCGAAGGAGUAAAAUCGUGUUUGGACGGUUGUCAUGACGAUAAGUGUCCGUCAAACCACAGUGACAGUGUUUGUGUUUCAUUAAAGCCUCAGACUGGAACUUUCCUCAUGAGUGUUGUAGUUCUCCAGAGCGGUCUUCACCUCAAGACUGUGUUUUUAUGGUCUUGGUCUGGUCUCGGACUCAACUGCGUUUGGACUCGGUCUGGUCUCGGACUCGACUGCGUUUGGACUCGGUCUGGUCUCGGACUCGACUGCGUUUGGACUCAGUCUGGUCUUGGACUCGAGGUCUUGAACUCAAGGUCUGAUGCUUGUCAAGUGUCAAGAACACACUAAUCAAGACCAAGACCAGACCCAGACCACAGGGUCCUGAGACCAGGACAAGACCUCUGAGGGUUGAGACCGAGUCCAAGUCCCAUGGAGACGAAAUCCAGGCCAUUUUUGUAUUUUUCUACAUUUACUUGUAUUUGACUUUUAUUUUGUCACAUUUAUAUCAAUGUUUUUAUAAAUCUGUCUCCAGUUGAUCUGAUUAAAGUUCCACAAAUUGGAACAACUUUAUCACCAACAACAGAAGAAAAGACCAAGACCAAGACCAGACCGAGUCCCAGACCAAGUCCAAACGUGGUUGAGUCCAAGACGAGAC